AUGCCAAAGAAGCGUCGGACUAAGGUGGUGGCAUCGGCUGCCAAGACUGUGUCAGGAGAUGAGAGCGGCAACUCUAGCAACGAGGAGCGACAACAGAAGAUAGAGACCUACCUCAAGGAUUUUGACAUGAAAGUUGCCAACGUCAUUGCUCAAGCUCGCAGUGAGGCCAAGACGAUGUGUAACGCCAUCAAUAGCGCAUUCACCAUGGAGUUAUUUAAACUUCCCAAAAGCAUCCGAGAGAUGACCAAAGCAGACUUUAUGGCUCGCGGAGGCAGCAUCAACAACAACGCCUUGCAGCAUAUCACAGAGAUAACGGACUCGCUCGCAUCCUCCAUCACCACCCAGACCUUGAUGCCUGCAUCCAAGAAACGCAAGGUGACCCCAUCGUCCGUGGAAUCAUCAGCGUCUGAAGCGCAAAGCGGCGUAGGGGAGAUUACAUCUAAGACUGCAACGACUGCAAAGAAGAAAGGAGCAAAGGGCAGGAAAAAGACAACCACAGCGACAACGUCUAAACGUUCAACAAGGACACAGAGUGUACUGACAGCCAAUCAGAAUAUGAACAUGCAGGACAACGCAGAGCCACAGACAGUCCGUAGGUCCACCAGAAGGAAAACCACGCGGAAUCAGUUUGUGACACCUGCGACCAAGACGGGCAAAUCAGGGGCACUAUCAUCAGGCUGGGACACACCCAUGGUCACGCCCAAAUUCGAUCCAAGGUUACCAGUGACGCCGGCUACCUGCGUGAUGCGAGAAGCUAAACGAGCAGAGACAAUCAUCUCUCUGUCGGGCAGUCCCAUCAUCAUGCCACCCAAGAGAGAUCUGUCCAAACCAGAGGUUGUGAUUCCGUUGGCAGACGGCACGGCCCUGACGGUUGGUACCUCGUCUCCCCAAGUUGACUUGACAAUGGACGAAACUGCACGCAGGAACAUCCUCCUACUGCAGAGUAACCUGGCUAAGAUCCUCAAGAGGUGUCCAGUCCAGGGAGAAAGCUAGAAAUUGCAGGAAAAUUUGAGUGCUUUUCUGUGAAAAACACGUCACCGAGUCAGAGAAUGAUAGAAAAGUUAUCUGGCCUGGCCAACAGGCGAAUGAAACUAUUGGAAAAGUUGUGGGAAGGAUUGGAAACUUUAUUCGAAAACAUUUUCUGUAGUCUUCCUUAGGCUGUGUCAGGCUCUUGUCUAAAGCUACUAUCUAUAAUCUGACAGUCACAACUACAUGGGCACAUGUUGACGACAGACAUAGACGUAGCUCUAGGUGCCCAGUAUCAGAUCGUCGCAUCUGUGCAACAAGGUCAUAUCUCCUAAAAUGGGCCGUGUGUGAAAAGCAAGUUUCAGAAUGUCAAAUGGUCGUAUCUCACUUAAAAUAACGCGGAUGUACACACAAAGUCAAAGGAUGUCGAGAUACGACCUUGUUGCACGGAGCGUAGUCGCACGAGAUAUGUCUUUGUUGCAGAAUGGAGUUACGAACUUGUUGCACUGACGCGACGAGAUACUCCCGAUUAUUAGGGAGCUGUGCAAAUGACAGGUAAGAAGUAAAAUGGAAAAGUCCUGGAAAGUAUGGAACACUUUUUUAAAAAUGGUACCGGUAAUCAAAAUUUGCAGUGUUGAAAUGUAUGAAUCUUAUGUGCAUGUUUAGAAUUGUACCCCCUCCUAAUAGAGUUUUCUGUCGUCGAUCAGAGGUAAAAGGUGAAAGACUGGUCUUGUCAAAUUUCAUUGACAACCUCUCCCUCCCCCCAUCCCCGGAAGGAAAAGGAUGAGAAAAAACACAAGAUGUAGCAGAGAUGUAGUCGAGUCCAUCACAAGUCCCUGCAAGUCCAUCACAGGUCCUCCAGUCCCAAUUCAACUCACAAGCUAUGCAAAUCAGCUUUGGCAAAGGCAUUCCUUUGUUAUAGUUCAUCCACUGUUACUCGCGUGACUAGAUUUGUGAUUAGACUUUUGAUUUUACUUGUGACUGGAUUUGUGAUGGACCUGAGAUGGACUCAAUUUACAUGCCGACAUGUAGAUGACUUUUUAGUCCCCUCGCAAUCCAAAAGGCCUGCUUUGCCCUAUAACAUUAAAGGGCUCCAUGCAUAGGUGUAAUUUUUAAAAGCAAACCUUGAAAAUGCUCCUUUGUAAUCCCAUUGAACCUUAUAUUCAAUUUUCGUUUUGCUAUUUUCAGGGAUAUUUUUGUGCCUCUUUGGUUAUACUAAUACGAAUUUCCAUGUUCAUAAAGCUAAAGUGUGAUGUCAUUUCAGGCAGAAACCUCAAUGUUUAAUUUUUCAGCACCAAAAGUUGCCAGAAUUUUGGACAUUUUGUAGUCCUAAAUUUCUUUUUCUUGGGUUAUUCGUUGGUUUGUCAGUACAAAGAAGUAAGCCAAUGAGCAAACUUUUCUCACAAUGUUUUCAAUGAGCAAAUUUUUGCAUUCACAAUUUGAAAGGAAAACCUCUAAACUGAACAGUAUCCUCCUGAAAUGUUAUCACAGCAACAGUCUCGCAGUUGUCCAGAAAAGCAUGGACAAUUUGAAAUGUUUAAAGGAGUGCACUGUUCAAUCAAAUUCACCAAAAAGGGAUGUCAAAUAGUUUGCAUACAGGAGUAAAACGUUGCACGAAAUGUGUUCCUGAUAAAACUUCAUCUCAUGGACCCUUUAACAAAAUUGUACAUACAUGUACAUCUAUAGUGUACGUUACCUGUGGGGUUAUGCUUUAUUGUCCAGUAUAUUAAAAAGUUGACAAAGGUAGCUUCCCUCAUGUUUGUCAUUAGACCUAAGUUUUUAUAAUACUCAUCAUUUUGAUAUUACAAACGAAACCAUCAGAAUAUUUCUGUAGAUUUUGUGUACAACUGAACUCUGUAGAUAAGCUAGCAUUUUAACUUCUGUGUCUCUUUUUAAGGACAUUGUGCAUGUAUGCAAUGUUCAUAUUUUGUUUUCGUAUUUGUGUUUGGAAAAGUAUAUGCACAGCUGAUGAGAAAGUAAUUGAAAAUGUGGUUUCAUGGUAAUAGCGCAUACUAAGCCGACUUGAUAUUUUAACAUUGCUUUGUUUGAUUUUUGAGAGUUCGAAAUUUAACUUUUUGUAACAAGAGACACCGACCUGAUCAUAAUGAUAAAGAUAUAUGGCACUCCUCAAACUCAGCAGAAGCAGAUGAAGAGUUCUUUCCAAAACGCGACAUAAUCCGUUUUAAAAAGGUACAACAGUUUGCACGGUUAUGAGACAUGAAAGAAUUAAACAGUACAACAACUGUUUCUAAAGUUAUUUGUCCCCCGCUCUAUUGUAUUUUUAAGUUGUGUUUAAGAACAUAGCAGCAGUCAAAAUUGCUUUUGGGCAGCUAGGAGAAAGCAGGAUUGCAAAAGUGAACAAAAUGGCGUAUGUCGCUUUUUGGUAGUAAACUUCAGAUGUAAUGAAGGAUAAGUGUAACAAAUUCAGCUGUGUAGAUAUAUCAGUUGAAACACUAUUGACAAUGGUCCUUGGAAAUGCCAUUUGGUUAUUAUCAGGCAUGCAACUUUUCCUCGGAUCAGCUGAUUUCCUCUUUUUUUUACUUCCCAUGUGUGCCAUUGAAAAUAGAAAAACACUGUACAAAGUCUGGGAAAAAAUUUGAAUUUCCUCUUUUUUUGUGAUAUCCCAGUUGCAUGCCUGUAUUAUUACUUCGCACAACAACUGACGGCUGUAACAUAAAUUGUGGAUUUUUUGGUGCAAUUUCAACAAACAUGGAUAGACCAAUCAAAAUGGUGCCUUCUGAGCGUUUCUGACCGGCCACCUUUCAAUGAAUCGGAGUUCCUGAGAGAAGGCCAUUAAAGAAAUUCAUUGUUUUACCGAAGCUAUUCAACAAUAUGAGUAGUCCACUUCUUUUUAUAAGAUGCCUUAUAGUUAUAGCCCUUAUUUUGAGUACGCAACAAUGUCCAAUAGUGUUAAUAGGGCGCAGGAUUACAACUUACUUGGAACAAUUUAUUAAAUCAUUGUAUCAUACCUGUU